AUGGGUUCGUCGGGGAUGGCUAGCGAGAGGGGUGGCGCCGGCUGCUGGAGGAAGCAAUGGAGGAGACUCGGUGGCUCGAACCACGGGGGUUGGAAUGGAGUUUGCUGGCUGGUCUCUCAAGAGCCAGCCGCCAACGGUGGGAGUCGCGAUGCUCUCCAGCUCGCGAGAGGGGAGUCUCGCAACAGAUCUCUACGAUACCACGCUCCUCAUUCGCGGUCCUUUUACAUGCUGGUUCGUUCGUCGCCACCGCGUUUCCAUGCACGUGGCCACGCUUCACGGCUUCUUGCAAGGUGGAACGCGACGAGAGAAGGAGAACGUUUCGCGUUGAUGCAGCAGGGAGGGUGAGGGGUGAUUCGACAGAUAGAUGAAAAAGAGAGAGAGAGAGAGUUCUGCAGGUGGUUCUCAAAUCGUUGACACUUGGAAACGAAGAUCUGUAGGUGCACGUGUAGAUAGCAGAUUUUAUUGAUUUGAGAGAGAAGAAAGAAGGUUAAAGAUGAAUAAUUCGAGAUCCAUUCUGCAGAGGAAUAAAUUAAAAUUUGAUAUUGGUAAUUACCGUUCCAUUCGGCUGUUGCAAACAAAUUAUUAAAAUUCUUAAAAAGGAUCAUAGAAUGAGGAAUAUGUACAUAUCCAUAUUUUGAUAUAUUUAUUCUAUAUAGAAUAGAAUCUGCUAUUUUAUGCAGAUUCAUUUUGCAAAGAAAUGAUAAUUCUCAACUGGGAACUAAUUCAUUAAAAUUCGAUAUGGAUAACUAA